AUGUGCAACACAUGCUCAACUGGAGAUGGUCAGGACUGCAGACAGGCCAAUCUUGCACCUGCACCUCUUCAGAAUGUGUAUUUGAGAGCUGAUAUUCCCUUCUGCUCUCACGAACAUGCCAUGAGGGGACUCAUCAACCUACUGAGGCAGUCCCAGUCCUACUGCACAGACACAGAGUGCCUUCAGGAGAUGCCAGGCCCCAGCUACUCAGUAGAAGGGGAUAUCACUCUGCCCAUGAUUAUUAUGGGAUGGCUAGUUCUGGCCCUUGUGCUCUUUCCGUUCCGCCCAGCCAGCUUGAGGGGUCCUGCAGUCAGCAGCAAGCCCAGCAGUCCUCAUGGGAAUCAUGGCAGAGAGCCACCAGCACCUCCAGUGGACUAG